AUGGGCGAAGCUCUGAUUGAGGGAUCCAACUGGCGCCUCGUUGAGGUCGGCCGUGUUGUUGUCAUCAGCAACGAUCACCCCUACACUGGCAGAAUCGCUGCCGUUGUCGAGAUCAUCGACCACAAGCGCGUUCUCGUUGAAGGCACCUCCUCAGAUGAAAGCCUCGUUGUCCCGAGACAAGCCGUUCCCCUCAACAAGGUCCUCCUGUCGCCCCUCGUCAUCCCCGGUCUCAUCCGUGGCUCGCGCCACGCCGCCCUAAAGAAGCAGUGGGAGAAAGCCGAGAUCGACUCCAAGUGGAAGGAGACCAACUGGGCCAAGAAGCGUGCCCAGCUCGCCAAGCGCAAGGCCCUCUCCGACUUCGACCGCUUCAAGGUUAUGCGCCUCAAGACCCAGCGCCGAUUCGAGGAGCGCAAGGCUUUGGCCAAGAUCAAGGCUUCCGCAUAA